AUGGCAUCGUCUUUCGCAUCGCCGCGCACCUGCGCCCGGCAUGUAGGCGCACUCCAGUCUUUGGGCAGGGCGCGUCUCCAGAGCCGAAUCGUGCGUCACAGCUUCGUCCAGGGCAGGCUGGCCUGUUCCAAGACUCCCGGGCCGCCUUGCCAUGACGCCUCACGACCCGGCGGUGCUCAGCAGUCGAGUACGGCUUCGAUCGCGUCUGCAGCCUUUUGGACGUCCAACGCUACGUGGCGGCGCGCCACAGUCAACACGUUUCGGUGCCUCGUCGGUUGCACGGCCGGCGACUUUUCCGCCAUGUGGUUCCUCCAGUCCAGCUACCCAGAACUCGGUAUGGAGUGGGUAAUGGCGAUUUCUAGUUCGUCUUCCCAUCGCCUGGUCUCCGGGCUGUCGACGUCGAUGAUGCUGGAGACGGUGCUGUUGCGGCUCGGCCGCGAUCGCCUCUCGUGGAAGCUGGCGGCGAGGACCGCAGCGGGAAUGAGUCUGAUCUCAAUGAUCACAAUGGAGGCGGCUGAGAACGCCGUCGAGUACUACCUGACCGGUGGCCAAGUCUCGCUAGACUCACCAGCGUUUUGGGUCGCCGGGAUCGUCGCCAUGGCGGCGGGCUUCCUGGCCCCGCUGCCGUACAACUACGCGCGACUGAGGCGGUACGGCAAGGGCUGCCAUUGA